GCAACACACCAACAAAACAACCCAAAUUCACAGUUUCUCAUCCUCGUAGCACCAACCCCCAAUAUUUUGGUACAAAUUUAUCACUAGAUGCCCAAGCUGCACAACUUCUCAACAUAAAACAACCUCACAACAAAGUAUACGAAGCUAUAAUCUAA